GAGAUUUCAAAAGACUGGCUGGCGAUAAUUUUUGACAAAAUAAAAAAGAAAAUUUGACGAAUGAAGUAAAAAAACAAAACACGGCAGAAGAAAUUUUGACUUCGUGUCAUUCAGAUGAUUUUUAUAUAAAAAGUGAAAUUUUAAAAUAAAGUCAAAAUUAUCUAGUAAAAAUAAAAAUAUCGAAUAAUUUUUGAUGUAACUUUACAAAUUACAAAGUAAAAUUAAAUAAAUAAACCCUCUCCUCCAUAUUUAUUUCAUCUUCGGUUGGACCCAAUUCCCAGUCAAAAUGUGUUCACCUUGCGGCCCCAUGGUUUGCUACAAAUAUGAAGACUGCGGUCCUCCGAAACGCUCCGAACUCGAGGAGGAGGAGGGGAGUGGCUCCGAAAAAAAGGGUGACAAAGGAAAGCAGCUGAAACGAACGAAGAGUCGGGAGCUGCGCGGCGGGAUCUUGUACUACAGCUGCGACUGCAUCAAGCGGAACGGGCUGCAGCACGAGUGCCGGCGCACGGGCUGCGGGGGCGAGCCGCCCUGCCUGGUGCUGCCGGAGCCGGUGUGCGCACCGAGCCAGCGGGCGCGCGCGCGCGGCCUCGCGCCGCCCCUCCGCGUGCCCGGCGCCGCCCCCGCCGCCGCCACCGCCGCCGCAACCAAGCGCUUCAUAGUCUGCGAGCUCAAGGCCACCCUCCCGGAGAUGGCGCCACCGCAGCAGCAAGAGAAGUCCGCGGACAAAUGCUGUAAGUGCUGCCUUAAAAACAUCAAACCUCCAAUUUGCUGCAAAUGUCCGCCGAAAGAGCCCCAGUCGCCAAAAGAACCUUCGUCACCACAAGAGCCUCAGCCCUUGAAACAGCCUGUUGAUUCCUAUGAACUAAUAAAGGAAGUAUUUUCUAAUAAGCUGUCCCAGGCCCCCAAUGACCCACCAAUGAAGGGUACUAGUUGCUGUAAUAGAUCGCGUAAGCAGUCGCCUCCAAUGCUGAUUGACGAAGGUUAUGUGGAAAUGAUACUGGAGCAGUUUGAAAAGAAGGAUGUUAAAUCUGAUAGGUCUGGAGGGGGUGGUACGGGGCGCGGCGCGGGGAGCGCGGGGGAGUGCCGGCGGCCGGGCUGCCUGCACUGGAAGCCUCCCGCGCCGUGUGUGUGGGACCAGCCGUGCCGGGCCGACUGCUUCGAGACGCAUCCUGGUCACCAUACUAAAGUCAUUAGUCCUCCUCGCGAUUCAGAGGCAAAGGGCGAAGCCCCGGCCCCUCGAACUAAGUAUAAGCUACUGACUGGGUCGUGUGUCGCAGGUUGCGGCGAAGUGCAGGGCGCUCCCGGCGCACCGGCUGCAGGCAUGCCCGUGCUGAUCAUGAAGAUGCUCUGAAGAAUGGCUCCCUAACUCAAGUUUUAAGAAAAAGUGUAAAAUGUUAUGAAUCGUAAAAUAAAAUGAUGUCCUGUUUUGUGAA